AUGGCGGGCAACAGCAUCAUCCAGGAGUUGCAAGUGCCCUGGGAGCGAGAUGAGCUUCUGGAGGUACGUACAGGGAAAGCCAAAUCGGUAUUUGGACUUCCCGAUCAAUCCGCAAUUUUCAAGUCGAUUCGCUAUGGCCCGGUUGCGGUGGACGAGCUGGGCUGCCAAGGCGAUGAGAACGUCUUCGAGCUCCACGGUGGCCCGGAAAGAGCGCUCAUGCAAUAUUGCUCGCGCCAUUAUGAUGCCUGGAGCGAGGAGCUGCCGGGAAGCGCGCACCAUUUCCGUGCCGGAGGCUUUGGGGAGAACUUGGUCAGUCGCCGAGCGAAUGAACGAAACACAUGCAUUGGAGAUCGGGUUCGGAUAGGCCAGACUGUCAUUGCGGAAGUGACCCAGCCGCGACAACCAUGUUACAAGCUCAACCAUCGGUUUCAAGAGAAAAACAUGUCGAGACUAUCGCAGGAAAGCUUCCGAACAGGCUGGUUCUACCGAAUUAUUGAGGGAGGGUUCAUACAAGCGGGCGACGAAAUGGUGCUGCUUGAAAGACCAAAUCCCAAUUGGACUAUUGCUCAGGUCCAGCAUUAUCUCUACCUCGAAAAAGAGAAUUUCGAGGCCAUGGAAAAGCUCGCAGACCUUGUUCAACUGGGUAGCGAGAUUAAAACAAUUUUCAAGAACAGGCUGAAGAAGAAUUUCGAAAACCAGGAGCAUAGGCUGGUUGGCGAUGGCGCUAUAGUCGUGGACACGUGGGCAGAGUACCGGCUCGUACACAAAAGACGGGAGACACCGUCGGUCAUUUCGCUCAACUUUGAGGCCGUCAAGCCCCAAAAUCCAGCCGAGCCAGUUUUACCUGGAACCCAUGUUCGGUUGAAAUUGGGAGGUCGAUUGAUCCGGGCUUAUUCAGUAGUGGGUGGGGAUCGGAACAAAUUCAUCUUAGGCGUGGCAUUGGAUAAGUCAUCACGAGGAGGGUCUCGUUUUGUGCACGAGAAUCUUCAAGAAGGCGACAUCAUCGGCAUCAGCAAUUUUGUGACCACCUUUCCCCUGACUGAGAAGGCUGAUCGUUAUCUGCUGAUUGCUGGUGGAAUUGGUAUCACUGGUCUCAUCGCUUCGGCCCGUAAAUUGCGGGAGACGAAUCAGGUCUAUCAUCUUUACUAUGCGGUUCGGUCUAUGGACGAAGUCGCCUUUGAGUCCCUUCUGCAGCCGCUGAAUAAUCAUCUGUCCAUAUAUUGCAGGCAAGAGAGCAAGCCCUUGGACGUACUUGAUGUUCUUCGACAGGCUGAUGAUAAUACUCAUAUCUAUUGCUGCGCUGGAGAUCGCUUGAUGAAGGCUGUACAGGAGGGGGCAAAGCAGCUCGGCCUUCCCGAUGGAAAUCUUCAUUUCGAGUCUUUUCUUGCACAGAGUACCGGGGAACCCUUCUCGGUGGAUCUGGUCGAGUCCCAAAGAGCACUGGAGGUGCCAGCGAAGGCAAGUUUGUUGGAUACGCUUCGAUCGGCAGGAUUCGAUAUUCCAUCUUCCUGUGAGGCUGGAAAUUGUGGCACUUGCCGAGUAGGCGUGCACGCAGGACGCGUCGAGCACCGGGGGACAGGUUUGUUGGAGAGUGAGAAGGAGACUGCAAUGCUCAGCUGUGUUUCGCGAGGCAUUGGUCAUAUCCAGUUGGAUUUGUAG